UCUCGAUGACUGUCAGUCGGAUUUUCUGAAUCGUUCACGUCGAUUGGGUUGGUUCGUCGUCGUCGUCGUUGUCAAAUUGAUCCGUUUUUUGCAGUUAGUUUCAGACAUACUGCAGCAGAAUUUUACUAGUUACUCAACCAGCGCAGCCGUAUACUUCGGGAGUGCAGUUUCCUCCGCAGGUAUACAUUGCUGUAGAAAGUGUGUGAAAAGAGUAAACGCAACAGGAGAAUCGUUGAAGACCUUGUUUUCGGUCGGUCAUUUAUAAUAGAUUAAUGUGCCAUUUGCGCCCCACCAGCGCCAGCAGUUAGUUUAGGCUGGGUAGUACUGCUACUAGACUGAUUGCAACAUCCCGUUGCUGAACGCGAUUACGAGAAAACUAUUCGAACGAAGCACCGAGCGAUUGGAUAAUUCAGUUUAAUUCGAUAAGGGUUGAGAAGUGGAAAAAUCUGUUCAACUGCAAACGAAAGAAUAAAGAACGGUUACAGCAAACAGCAUCACUGUGUGUCACAUUUAGCAGACGGGCGGAAUCGAUAUUGUGCGGGAAUUUGCGGGCAGUAGCGCAGGGGAGCGCUGCGCGGUUAGCAAAACAAAAAUAUCGCAUCGUACGAUACACGAUCGGAGCGAGAGAGUCUAGAUAAAAGGGGCUCACGGUAGACAGAGAGGCACAAUCCAGCCCAAGCACACGCAGAUUUUGCUAUUUGCUCCAUCAGCACUAGCACCAGCAGUUCUCCGCGUAAUCCGGAAGCUGCUGUUACAUUCUGUGGACUUGAUUUCUGUGUGUGAUUGGUGCCAGUAGCUGUAAACGAUAGCGCGAUUGCGUGCGAACUUACUUGUAAGGUCGCCAACUAAGCCAACGAGUAGCGAGCAGGGAAGGAAGCCCUAUCGAGAAACAACUAACUUUAACUGAGGUGCAAUGGAUACGGUCGAGACGGCGAACCACUUCGUAGCCUUCGGAGAAGCGUCGUCUAGUGGAAGAGAUAUGAAAACGCCACUCUUGGGCAAAACAACAAUGACGUCGACACCGUCGUCGCAGCCAACCGCGACGUCAAAUGGACAACUGCGAUAUGCGGCGGCUGCGAACAAUAAUCUUCACCAGCAACAAAAGUCGUCAACGGAGUGCAACGGAAAUGGUUCCAUCGGAAGCGGAAGUGCGAAUGAUGAUGAGUGCGAAGUUGACCAGGAACUAUCCGCGCGCAAAUCGUUGAUUAUUCUUGCUGCUAUCUUCUUCACCAGUCUGUUUGCGAUGAUAUACGUGUAUGCCAUGUUCCCGGAGUUGGAAGAAUCCGAGAAGCAGUACAUUAAGGUACCAUUCGAUAUUGAGGAUGCCAAACAGUUGGGACGAGUGCUGGACCGCUACAAAGAUCUGUACUAUCUGGAAGUUAUGUUUGGGGUCAUCUUGGUUUACAUAUUCCUUCAAACCUUCGCCAUUCCCGGAUCGCUAUUCCUAUCGAUUCUGAGCGGCUUUCUGUACAAUUUCCCCGUAGCACUAACACUGGUAUGCUUCUGCUCCGCGUUGGGAGCUACUCUGUGCUAUCUGCUAUCACAGCUCGUUGGCCGUCGUCUGGUCAAGCACUACUUUCCGGAAAAGGCUCGUGUCUGGGCCCAUCAGGUGGACAAGCACCGUGAAGAUCUUUUGAGCUAUAUGCUGUUUCUACGGAUGACUCCGUUCUUACCGAACUGGUUCAUCAACCUGGUGGCGCCGGUAAUUGGAGUUCCGCUGUAUCCGUUCGCGCUCGGGACGUUCCUUGGUGUUGCACCGCCUUCGUUCAUCGCCAUUCAGGCGGGUAAAACGCUAUACAAAAUGACUAGUUCCAGUGAUGCCUUCAGCUGGGGAUCCAUUACGAUGCUGGCGUUAUUUUCGGUCUUUUCGCUUGUUCCGGUCAUAUUCAAGCGAUACUUCAAAGCCAAAAUCGACUAAAUGGCUUCGGAACUGGGCGAAGCGGAGCGUGUGGUGAGUUCGUUUUACCGCUAGCAAAACUGGUUAAGUCACGGUUAGUGCUUAGUGGAGGGAAUCUUCGAGGUCAAACCCAUCCGCGGGCUGACUAGACUAGGCGAGGAAGAUGAGGAAUAGUAUAAUUUUAGCCAAAGAUGUGUGUAUAAAGCUACAGCCGAUUAGUGUCCAUUUGCAUAAUGUGAUGUUUGCCUGUUGCCUGGUGGAGCUAGUAGAAUCGGAAGGAGAACUGGGUCUUCCGACACCGAUGUCGGUGGGGUUCGGUAUGUAAGGUUUGAGUUUACAUACCAUACAGAAAGUAAAUAAUGGUUCAUAAAGUUUCAAACAUCGUUUGUGAAUACCGAAAAUAGAUAGAUUUUGACAAUUUGGCGAGCUUCUCUAAAUGUUGACUGUUUUAACUUUGCGCGUUAUUUAGCACAUAUUUCUAAGUCGAUUCAAGAAAAAUGAUUUUGUAAAGUUGACAACGUUGUUUGGUAGACAUAAAAAAUUGUUCUGGUAAAAGGUAAAAAGAUACAAAUUUUCGAAGUGUCAAAAAACACCGAUAAACUUUCUGCCGCUUGAUCUCGAAUUCUUCUUUUAUAUCAAGCAACCUACAAACUCCCGGAUAAACUAAGUUAUGAACCAGGCGAUGUAUUAAAAAGUUGCUUUAACAUGUUGGAGAGAAACAUUUGAAACAGAUCUUUUUCCUGCAAAAGCGCAACAUGCAAAAUCGGCAAAGUCAGUCUAUGGACAACUAUAGUUAUAAGUAGGUUAUCGCAUUUUUUAUACUUAAAAACACAGACGUGGUGGAAUGUUUUUAAUCGUUCACUAGUUCAAAAACAUUGUAACGUAUUCGAACUGUUGCAUGAGUGAUUUCUAGGUGUUACUGGAAAGUAUUAUUUGUUUAUCAAAUAAUAUGUAGAAUGUAAUAUUUUUGAGUAGAGUCGAACGAGGACGAGAAAACUGACCAACAAGAACCUAACUACAGAACAGCAUUUUAAACAAACAUGCGAAAGGGUUUUGUCAAUAGUCUAGUACGUGAAACUCGACGCGAGCCGAUUUGUGAGAGUGUACAGUUAAAAUUUCGAAUAGUAGCAGCUUCAGUUUUAAUUAAAUACUAGGAAAUUAUUCUUACUGCGAUAUAAAAUGCGAGUAGAAACAAAUAGCUAACCAACAAAUUCCAGCAACAAUUGAUGGAGUGCUUGAGUAAUGCACUUGGUGACACAGAAAAAAUGUAUUCUGAAUGUAGUCAAAUGUAAAAAAAAUAAACUAAAUAACAAAUAGCUUAUUGUGAAUGUGCAAAAAUAGGCGAAUCGUAAACACAAAUACACACACCUACAUGAUGUUGAAACGCG